GUUCUGAUGGACUAUUCCUGGACUGUCCUAUUCUCUUCAUUUACACCGAUGGUGGUCCAGAUCACAGAACAACAUUCUGGAGCGUAAAACUUGCGCACAUUGCAACAUUUAUCGCGCUGGACUUGGAUCUGCUCAUUGCAGCAAGGACUGCACCAUUUCAUAGCUACUAUAAUCCAGCUGAGCGUUGCAUGAGUUUGUUGAAUUUGGCCCUUCAGAAUGUAUCCUUGCAAAGGAAUUCCAUGGAUGUCAACUUUGAAUAUAUUGUCAAACCUGCAUCAAGUUUGAAAAAGCUGAGGGAUCUUUCUGAGAGACAACCGAAUGUCAAAACAGCUCUUGAAGAAUCACUAGAGCCCACUCUAUCUUUAUUGAAACACAGAUUUUCUAAGCUGAAGUUGCACAACAGAAAUGUAGUAGUACAUGAUGCAGCAACCUUUGAAGAAAUCAAGAAUCUAAGUGAUGUCCUAGACUUGUUUAAAGAUACAGAAGAUUCUUGCAGUGUGAUAGAGUGUAACGAGAAAAAUGCUCCAAAGAAGUUGAAGGACUUCAUUGACAAACAUUGUCGAGCACGGCAAUAUUCAUUCCAGAUAAAAAAGUGUACUGCUCAGUGCUGGUAUUGCACCCUGAAUCCAAAGAGGCUUCCUGGUGAUAACCCCCUUCAUUGGUUACCGGAUCCCACCAAAGGUCCUGAUGGCACAUACCAAUCUCUUGAGGAUCUCAUGGACACAGAGACCACAGACAAGGAUUGUCCUGGAUUAAGCCUUAAAGGAACUACUACUGACAAUGACAAGAAGCACAAAGGCGUUUUGAUAGGAGGGAAAGUUCGCAGCUUCAUCAUCUGCUGCCUUUGUGGGAAGCGGAGAGUGGUGUACUCGAAGGAACGGCUCAGUAGACUACAGAUUACAGACAUAGAGGAGGUUCAGGAUAACCUCCUCUAUACUUGUGGUUCCUCACUCUUCCCUGAGGGUCAUCGUUGUUAUGAUAAUGUUGUAGUGACAGAGGGACUUGAAUGUGCCACAGAAAUGGAAACUACUUAUUAUGCAGGCAUCACCACCAAAUUUCUGCCAGUGUGUUUCUUCUGUGGGGACAUUGAGAUAGACAGUACCUCACAAACUGUGCAGGACUUGAAAAAAAACUAUAGCAUUGUCCGUCCAAUUUGUGCAACUUGCUUAUCAAGAGGCAUAUAG